AACGGUAUCGAGGUCGGCGGUCAAACACAUGCCGAGAUCGAUCGUUGGAGUUGUACUUGGAUGGCAAGUAAGCCACCCCAACUUCUGGGCAAUAUGCGCUAAGGACCAGGCGGGAUCCGGGGCCAAUACAGAGCGCCGGUACCAGGAGAACAGCACGUGUUGGGUGUCCGAAACAGGCGAUUGAUGGGGUCAAAUGGCCAGAGGAAGCGAGUACUACAGACCGCAGCAGGGUGCCGCUGAAUCAGAGGUUGGUUAUGCUGGAAGAAAAGGCUUGGACAGGGCGCCAGGUUGUGGUACGAGCGGGUUCGCGUUGAUGGCAAGACCUGGACGGUUGUGUACUCCGGUAGAGUGCACGAGGAUGGCGAAGUCGGUUGGGAUCCGAGGUGGCAGAUGGGGAGAUGGAGCAAAAGGGUUGGUGGACGGAAAAGGCAAAGCAAAAAAGAGGGCGGGUCUGGGCCAAAGGUUGGUCUUGAGGUUUUCUGUCGUCUUUCUGUCUUUUUGCGUCUUCUAGGUGAGUGGACAGACGAAUGUCUGCAUAUCCUUCCCCCUUUGCCUCAAGAGUC